AUUUGGUUUUAAUUGGGUGCCCUUUUUUCUAUUAAAGCUCAAAGCUCCACGCAUAUGAAUUCUCAUCCUCUCGUUCUUCAUUGAGCAGGAGGAAGAAGAAGAAGAAGAAGAAGUGGGAAAACGAUGUCGUCUAUUGGAACUUCAAAAGGUGUAUUAGAGAUAGUAAAGUUCGCAGUAUACGUAUCCGUUCCAAUUGGUCUCAUGUACUUGUUUGCCAACAACAACAAAAAUCUACAGAAAAUCAUGGGUCAUCGUGAAUAUGUAGUUUAUCCUACAGAAACUGUAAGGCCCCAAUCGCCCGAGGAACUGAGGGAGAUUGCAAAAGAAAUAGCUCGGAAGAGAGAGAGGGACCAAGCAAUGCGGAGCUGAGGUAGAUGGCACAAGAAGUUGACGUGCAACUACGAAGAGGCAUAGAAGAAUUUGUAGGUCAGCCAGAGGUCCUUUCUGUUCAGCCAAGAGAUGGAUGUGCUAACUAGUGUUCAUCAAUAAGUGAGUUUGUUGCCAAUAAAACAGUGUGGCAAAGCCAGUGAUUGUACACUGCCAUUUCUGUGUUUUAUGUAUCUUCCUUUAAUAUACUUGUAGCAGUUAAACAGAGGUUGGAAAACCCCCCUCCCUUCACAAAAAAAGGUUUUUCUUUCUUUGAAGGAGUUGAAUGUUUGUAUGUAGAAGAUGCAUUCAUCUUUUGUUUCAUCAGUUUUCAUGACACUAUCAAUGCAACCAGGAUUGGUAUCCCUUUGCCUUAA